AUGGCUUCCCUUUUUGCUCUCUCAGCUCUUUUCCAGUUCAACGACUCUGAUUGGUAUUUUUGGAUUCCUCUGUAUGCCAUUGCUUGUGCAGUAAAUUUGGUCAGCUGGGCCAAAAAACCCAAUUCAAGAAUGAUAAGAACGGCCCAAUUCGAUCUGUGUCUUGGGAUCUUUUUGUUUAUGAAGGUCUCCAUUGAAGGUUUUCUCGAGGGAUCAAAAUUUGCUGGGUUUUGGUCAUUUGAUAUGAGGGAGAGAACUGUAAGGGAAAAAUUUGGAAGUGGGCUUGUUAUUAGCUCUAUGUUUCUGUUCUUGCAAAUCUCAAAUACACGACCUACCCUGCUCACAAAAUAUGGGAUGCCGAUCUUGGUGGGUGUUGCAUAUGGCCUCAGCUUCAUUUUCUUUGCAUUUCAACACGGUGAAAUGAAAUAUUGA